AUGCCGAAUGCUGGUAAUCGUGUUGCGAUAUAUCGGUAUACCCGAGGUGGGGCUGUGCAGCAGAGGAAAGUGAGUUCAUUUUCACAGCUUGAAGGCGAGUAUGACGUGGUGGUUAACUGUGCUGGUUUAGGGGCCAAGGCCCUGACUGGAGACGAGAAGUUGCAGCCAAUGAGGGGACAGAUGCUGAGGGUGUCCGCUCCAUGGGUGAAACACUUCCUACACAGCUCGAACUCAUUCUACUUUAUCCACAAUGUGGACAACGUUGGUAUUGGAGGCUUCAAGACUGUCGGGGAUUACAGCACCAGCGUGCGCCAUGAUACGUCUAAGGACAUCUGGGAGAAACUUCACAAAGCUAUGGCCUCCACUCAAGCUCACUCACUCCUGAACGUUGAUCUCAUUUUCAAGGUUGUGCAUAACUACGGUCACGGGACGACUGGCAUCAGUUUGAGUUGGGGAACGGCCGUUCACGCAGCAGAACUUGUUAAAGAAAUGUUUGCACAUACGUCACGACUUUGAAUUAUCUCCCCUUGGUUGCAUUGUGUCGGCUCAUCUCAGUCCAGGUCAUUGGGAACAACCCAUAUUGAAGUUAACCAUUUUGUUAUACAACCCAAUGUGGCGGCGGUGCCGGCGGUCCAUACAAAAGCGCUAUUUGAUAUAAAUUCUAUAUAUUAAUCAUUAAAAACAUUUCUAAAAAAUCA